AUGAGAGUUUCCAUUUUCCUUAUCUGGCAUUUGGCCACUGCACUACCAUCAUCAUCAAUCGACAGUGCUCCAAAAUUUCUGAUUAAAUCUGUUAAUGGGCAAGUGAUCGAUCAAAUUGGUCGCUACGUCGUCAAUGCAUCGCCACCGAUUCAACUGAGAUUCAACGAAACGAGUUGGGAUCAAGCUGUUGAAAAUUCCAAUUUUCGCUUCCCAUUCGCUUUCAAGUUUAACUCCGUUCCUGCGGCUGCAGUCCCUGGCCCGAUCCCAGCCACAUUUGCCCGCCCACCACCACCCGUGAUCUCUUUUCUGCCGGCACCAUCAGCGAGACUCAACUCUUUCAACUCAUCUCCGAUCAAAGUCGCUCCUUCACCCACAUUCCCUUCACUUUCCCUCCCCGGCCCACUUCCACCCCGUUCUGCACCACUUUCAACCCCUUUCCUCCAACCACAAGCCGUUUCCGUGCCUAUCACUGGCCAUCCGCCAGCCAGAGUGAUCCCCGCUUUACCACCUGUCAUUGCUACCGGAAGUGUGCCUAUCAUUUCACCAAAUGUUCCUUCUAUUCCCCUUCUGCCACCACCCCGCCGCCCAAUGAUGCCCCUUGUACCUCAUAGACCUAUUGCACCAGCAUCGAUCCCUUUUCCAGCACCUUUCCCUGCUCCUGCACCACUUCCACCCACUCCUUUUGCACCAGCACCCAUGCGACCUUUACUACCCAGCCUUCCAAACCCGAUUCCCAUUGUAACAAGACCAGCCAUGGUCUUCGCCAAACCACCACCCUAUUUGGCACCCGUACUUCCGCCAGCUAUGGUCCCUGUGGCCGCAUCAGGUCCAGCAUUUACAAAGCUCCCCUAUUACACUCAGAAUAUUGACUUUGAGAAAAUCUCCGAGAUUUUCCCCGCAAUCUUGCCCCAAGUCAUUCAAUACGAGCCCUCGUUGAAAUUGUUGUUGAAAGAUUUGAGAGAAACGAAAGAUGUGAAAGAUGAGUAU